AUGGAUUUGGUUCCAAAGUCAAAACACAAGGUCUACCCGGGAGCGCUGGAUCGAAGUCUCGGUGGAUUAUCCGGCGUGACGACAGAAGUGCGGCCAGAACGACCGUACUUCGACGACGUGUCGCCUCGGAACGUGACGGCGGUCGUCGGACAGUCGGCCGUGCUGCGGUGCCGCGCCAAACACAUCGGGAAUCGGACUGUAUCGUGGAUGCGUAAGCGCGACCUUCACAUCCUGACGUCACACAUCUUCACAUACACGGGUGACGCACGCUUCAGCGUGCUACACCCUGAGCCGUCAGAUGACUGGGACCUAAAAGUGGACUACGUGCAGCCACGGGACGCCGGUGUCUAUGAGUGCCAGAUCAACACCGAGCCGAAGAUUAAUAUGGCGGUGUUUUUGACAGUUGAAGAUGAGUCCCUAACCCCGGCGACCGAGGCCCCGUCCCGCUCCUCAGCGGCGGCGGCCUCCAUCUGGGGCUCUCAGGACGUGUACGUGAAGAAAGGAAGCACAAUAUCUCUGACUUGUUCGGUGAACGUGCACUCCUCGCCGCCAUCGAGCGCUUCUGUGCUCUGGUACCACGGCAACUCCGUGGUCGACUUCGACUCGCCUCGCGGAGGCAUCAGCCUCGAGACGGAGAAGACAGAAGGCGGAACCACCAGCAAACUGCUGGUGACCAAGGCGGCUCUGACCGACUCUGGGAACUACACGUGUGUGCCGAAUAACGCACACCCGGCUUCAGUGUCCGUGCAUGUACUCAAUGGCGAGCACCCAGCCGCCAUGCAAACGAGCAACAGAGCGUCGUCCUACCUCACUGCGCAGCUGAGCUGCGCGGCCGUCACCUACCUACUCUCUUCCAUGGCUUGCAGAUGAUCGGUUUAAACGAUACGUUAGAAAGAGACGGAGCUAAUCCUUCGGCUUCGAUGUGGAAUCCGUAAAUUAUGAACAAUUUGUUUGUGUUGGAAAUUCGACCGCUGAUCAGUUUUCUGCAUAAUAUUGUGUUAUAGAUACAUUUU